AGUGCAGUUGUGCGGUGGCUUUAAGUGCGUAAUUUUCUUCUAAAGGUUUGCCAUAUGUGUAGUGCUUCGGACGAGACUGCAUAUCACUUGUUUGUGGAGUGUCCAGAGAUUAAUUUGUUAUGGUCUAGAUUGGGGUUGCCUGUACUGCAGCAUGAGCAAGGCAAUGCAAAUUGGGCGGCCACAUCCAAGUACUCAUAGCAUUCUGGUUGAUGAUGUUUGGAAGAAGCCAAAUGGAGGUAGAUUAAAACUAAACACCAAUGAAUCACUGGACGAAGUAAAUAAUGUAACAGGCUUGGGUUGGGUACUACGAGACGAUGAAGGGCGUUUCCUUGCAUGUAAAGGAAUGUGUGUUACGGGCUGUUAUGGAGUUAAAGAGGUCGAGGCAGUGUGCAUUCGAGAAGCCCUUAGCUGGUUAAAGGGUACAGGCAUGGGAGAUGUUGAUGUGGAGACCGACUCUCAAUUAGUUUAUUUUGCUUUAUGUCAGAACUUUUUUAAUUCUGCUUUUGGUUUUAUUAUUUAUGAUGUUAAGGAAGUUGCAUCCAUGAUAAAUGAUGUACACUUCUAUUUUGCUAAGCAAUCUGCGAAUCGCGCCGCCAUACUGUUGUUAGGGAGGCCGUUUCUGUGUCAGGUUGCGGGGAGUGGGUUGAUGCCCCUCCUCCUUUCCUUGUUGAUUGUCUUUCUGAUGAUUUAAUGCA